GUGGUCUUCAUCUUCUCGCUGAUUGAUUGCUGCGCCCUCAUCUUCCUCUCCGUCUACUUCAUAAUUACACUAUCAGAUUUGGAAUGCGACUACAUUAACGCUAGAUCGUGCUGCUCAAAACUCAAUAAAUGGGUGGUCCCUGAGGUGAUUGGCCAUGCUAUUGUAACUGUAUUAAUGCUUAUUUCAUUACACUGGUUCAUCUUUCUCCUUAAUUUGCCAGUAGCCACAUGGAAUAUAUAUAGAUACAUUAUGGUGCCAAGUGGAAACAUGGGGGUAUUUGAUCCCACAGAGAUCCAUAACCGAGGACAACUGAAAUCACACAUGAAGGAAGCCAUGAUUAAACUAGGCUUUCAUCUGCUGUGUUUCUUCAUGUAUCUUUACAGUAUGAUUCUGGCUUUGAUAAAUGAUUGAGAAGUCGGAAAGAACCAUUGGCUGCCAGAUUGGGUCAUCUCUCCAGUGACUGGUUGUGGAGCCGCAGACACCUUCUGAACAUACCUAGAAUCAGUGUCAUCAUGCAGUAUAUUUUUCCUCUUUGAACAAGAAAUAUUUUUCUGUAUUUUUAACAUAAAAUAUUUUCAAAAGACA